GCACGACCUGCUGUGCGAGGAGUGGCGACGCAUCAUUAGGAGCGUCCAGAUUGUCGUCGACCGAGAGGUCAACCUGACGCGCCUGGGCGCCUACCCGACCACCACCGAUCCAAACGGCAAACGGAUCGACCUCUACUGGGUGGAGGAGGGAAAAGGCAUGCUCGGCGACGUCACCAUCGCCCACCCCACACGCCCCGACCCCUUCACCAACAGACACCACGCGGCCACCAACAGGCAGAACGGAGCAGAAGACGCCAAGGCGCUGCGCAACGCGGCCGACAGGAAGCACAGCAAAUACGGCACCGAGGCGAGGACAAGCAACUUUACCAUCGUCCCACUGUCGGCGGAGAGCUACGGACGGUGGGCGGAUGAGGCGGCUGCCCUUGUCAACCGUAUGGCCCGGCACAUGCGGCCACCUGUCUAUAUGGAGGAGGGCGACGUGGAGUUUUUCCGUGAGACAGCAGUGGAGAGGUGGUGGGCUCGACUUAGUAUGUUGCUGCAGAAAGGCAACGCACACAUGGUGCGGAGCAGGGCGUGGCGGGCAAGCAGGUGGAAUGGGCAGGAGAGGGCGGGCGUGCGUGGGUAGGUUGCUAGAGCGGGGGCCUUUCCAC